AUGGCACCUGCUACGGAGAUCGUCUUUCUACCCCUCAAAGAGGGGGACAAGCCUGAAGAUGGAACCACGGAGUCUGGUCAGAAGUUCGCAGAACUGGCGCAAACAAUUCUGGCUCAAGAGGGCUGUCAAUUUCUGUCCUUCGGGCGACAGGUCGAACAUCCCAAUAUUUGCAAUCUUUUCAUCAAUUGGGACGCUGUAGACUACCAUACCAAAUUCAUCGCGUCCCCAGAGUACAAACCCUUCUUCGAAAAGAUUCUCAGUGUCAUAGAUGGGAACCCAAGUUUCUACCAUGUCCACUUCGACCCUCAUCCGCCCAAUAAGGCUCUAGUCGGUACCGAACCCAUGGCCACGGAGAUCAUCACGGCAUACUUUCCACUCGAUUAUUCUCCUGAAGACCAGAAGACCUUCGACGAUGGUAUGAAAACAUUUGCCAGUGUCUUUGAGGGGUCUGCGAACGGCUUCAUUGGGGCAUUCGGUGGCUGGGUCGUCGAAGAACUCGAUAUCCCCAACACCUCCGAAAAGGGCAAAGUCUAUGUCGCAUUGAUCGGGUGGACGAGUGUCGAAGCGCAUAUGAAAUGCCGAGAAACCCAAACAUUCAAGGACAAUGUCCACUAUUUGAGAGGGGCAAAGGACUUGAAGGCCAUAAAUGUCUUCCAUGUUCCUUCUCAGGAGGUGCUGAAGGCGUGA